GGUGACUGUGCCCAAGAAGGGUCUCAUCGACCGGGACAACGGCAUACGCGUGGGUACGCCCGAACAGUAUGCUAAACUCAAGCCGGCGUUUGUUAAACCGUACGGCACUGUCACUGCGGCUAACGAUGGGCCACUCGGGCGACCGGUUGGCCGCGGCGUUCAAAGUGUCGCGACAAGAACAGGACGACUACGCCCUGCGGUCGCACACAUUGGCCGACAAGGCCUUCAAAGCGGGUCUACUGAACGACAUCGAGCCGGUGACUGUGCCCAAGAAGGGUCUCAUCGACCGGGACAACGGCAUACGCGUGGGUACGCCCGAACAGUAUGCUAAACUCAAGCCGGCGUUUGUUAAACCGUACGGCACUGUCACUGCGGCUAACGCCAGCUUCUUGACCGACGGCGCCUCCGCUUGCCUUCUCAUGACCGAAGAGAAGGCCAAACAGUUGGGCCUCAAACCGAAGGCCUAUUUACGGGAGUUUCUGUACGUAUCGCAGGACCCGAAGGAUCAGCUACUGCUCGGCCCGGCGUACGCCACGCCGAGGAUACUCGAGAAGGCUGGCCUAACACUGAAGGAUAUCGAUGUGUUUGAGUUUCACGAGGCGUUUGCCGGCCAGAUAUUGGCCAACUUGAAGGCUCUGGACAGCGAUUGGUUCGCUAAAGAGCAUAUGAAACGAAGCGGCAAAUACGGUGCGCCCGAUAUGAGCAAGUUUAACCUGUGGGGCGGCUCCCUGUCAAUCGGCCACCCGUUUGGUGCGACUGGCGUACGACUGGUCACCACAACAGCCAAUCGACUGAUCAAAGAGGACGGCAAAUACGGACUGUUGGCUGCUUGUGCCGCCGGUGGCAUCACUUCGAUCGCUAUAGCAAUGGUAACUCAUGAGGAAUGCCAGGACUGGUCAUGUCGUGAGGCACUAGACUGUCCGCCAGCAGGACACGCCAUGAUUGUGGAGAGAUAUCCCGGAUCUUAAUUGAACGGUACCGGAGGAAUGGUUGGAAGGGGUCGGUGGCCAUCGUUUAAGCAAAUGGUUAUUUUAUAUAAUGAUUUUAAUUUGAUAACUAAUAUUGAUUUAUAUUUUUAUAAUUACUGUUACUUUUGUGUGUGUUUUUUGUCCGAG